UACUUGUCAAACCAUACUUGUGCAGCUAAAAUGAACCACAAACCAUGUAUGUGUAUGUACUGUGUACGAAACUAAUUUGUGGUUAGAAUUAAAUGUCAAAUCUUUUCCAUUUAAUUUUUGUUUCUUUGCAAACAUUAAUAUAUCUCAUGUAUGUUUAUAUCAACAACUAGCAUGCUUCUCUUUAUCAUAAUAAAACGCAGUUGAAAAUAAAGAGAAUGGCUUCUCUUGCAACCCUUUAUGGCUUCCAUCAUGGUUCUCUUCUAAGAACUCAGUUCCUAGGCCAAGAUCAUAACCUCACACACUACCCUCUAAAGCACCCUUCAUAUCAUCACAACAAACCAAGUUUUGAACCUCAUGCCAAGUUCAACAUAGUUGAGAUCAUGGGAGGGAGAGGGAUAUGCAAUGGAGAAAAAGGCCUUCAACUAGAGCUUGAAAGGCAAGUGGUAGUUGAAAGCCGGCAACAAGCGCAACCGCGGCCGCAACCGGAUAGUGGUGGCGAAGAGGAGGAGGAGGAGGAAGAGAACUUUGAGGUAUCAGAAGAUGCUUUUGAGAAGGAAAUGAUGGGGCUAACUGGUGGGUUUCCUGGUGGUGAGAAAGGGUUGCAGAAGUUCAUUGAAGAAAAUCCACCUUCCAAAUCCAAACAUGGAACUCUUCUUGCCUUGUCACGUUGAGUAGAAUCCAAAUUCAUCAAUGGAGUCAUAGGUUUUCAGUUCUCUUUCUGUAAAUCCUCUCUUUCUUUUGUUUCUGAGUUAUAUGGUAUUUGUACUAUGAUUUUUGACAAACUUGAAUGUUUGUGUUACUCUUUAAUAAUUCAUUCUUAAAAAAAAUGCAGAACUUAAUAUCAAUUUCAUCUUAGUAACUCUCCCUCAAUUUCAAAUUUCAAAAAUGUUGCAAGAUAAAUAUGAUCCAAUGUUGUUGUUCUCACUUAAUUUUUUUUUAUGACCUGCUCUUCUCUGUGUUCUUGAAUCAAUUGAAGAACUUCAUUUUUCAUGGUCUAGUCUUGUGUUUCAAUCCUAUGCUUGUUCAUUGCUUCCAACUAAAAUCAAUUCUUAAUAACAUGAAAUUGGGAUUUGAGAAUAUUUAAGUUGAUAAUUUUUUGUCAGAAUUAUAAUAUCAAACAGAUAUUAAAGAGUAGAGAGAAUGUGUCUGUCAUCUUCAGAAUAUGUGCUUGAUAAGAAGCAGCACAACAAAAAUGCCUCAGCAUUCCUAUUGGAAGCUAGAUUUCUUCUGGCUAGAAAACAUUCUCUGAGCAUAACAAAAUUAUUGUAUCCUAUUCCUAUGGAGACACUAUUUACUUUGUUAUAUAUCAUUA